CGGGGGCCGGGUCGGGGCGGUCCCCGGGGCCCCGUUAAAGCGGCGGCGGUCACAGGCGCCGGCCCGAGGCGGCGGCAAUGGGCAGCGAAGGGGAGCGCGGCCCGGGGCAGGGAGACCCCCGGGCGCUGCGGAGGGACUGCCUGCACCGGAUCUUUGUGAACCGGAGCCUGGCGCUGGAGAAGAUCAAAUGCUUCGGCUUCGAUAUGGAUUACACCUUGGCCAUGUACAAGUCCCCCGACUACGAGGAGCUGGCCUUUGCGCUGCUGCUGCAGCACCUGGUGUCCAUCGGGUACCCCCCCGAGAUCCUCGCCUACAAAUACGACCCCACCUUCCCCACACGGGGGCUGGUGUUCGAUGCCCUCUAUGGGAACCUGCUCAAAGUGGAUUCCCACGGGAACCUGCUGGUCUGUGCCCAUGGCUUCCGCUUCCUCAAGGGGGCUGAAAUCCUGCACUAUUACCCCAACAAGUUCAUCCAGAGGGAUGACAUGAAGCGCUUCCACAUCCUCAACACCCUCUUCAACCUCACAGAGGCCCAUCUCUACGCCUGCCUCGUGGACUUCUUCACCAACUGCUCCAGAUACACCAACUGCGACACCGGCUACAAGCACGGGAACCUCUUCAUGUCCUUCCGCAGCAUGUUCCAGGAUGUGCGGGAGGCCAUGGACCACGUCCACCUCUCAGGCUGCCUGAAGGAGAAGACUCUGGAGAACCUGGAGAAAUACGUGGUGAAGGAUCCCCGUGUGCCGCUGCUGCUGAGCCGCAUGAAGGAGGUGGGGAAGGUUUUCCUGGCCACCAACAGCGACUACAACUACACCGAUGCCAUCAUGUCCUACCUGUUUGACUUCGGGGAUGGGGACAAGGCUGGGACCGCACAGCGCCCCUGGAGAUCCUACUUUGAUCUGAUCGUGGUGGACACCCGCAAACCGCUCUUCUUUGCCGAGGGCACCGUCCUGCGCCAAGUGAACACGGACACGGGGAAGCUGCGCAUCGGGACCUACACGGGCCCCCUCCAGCACUGCACCGUCUACUCUGGCGGCUCCUCGGAUGUGGUUUGUGACCUGCUGGGCGUGAAGGGCAAGGAAAUUCUCUACAUGGGCGACCACAUCUUCGGGGACAUCCUCAAGUCCAAGAAGCGGCAGGGCUGGCGAACCUUCCUGGUGGUGCCCGAGCUGGCGCGCGAGCUGCAGGUCUGGACGGAGAAGAGCGAGCUGUUUGAGGAGCUGCGGAGCCUGGAUCUGUUCCUGGCGGAGCUGUACCAGCACUUGGACAGCGGCAGCAGCGAGCGCCCGGACAUCAGCUCCAUCAAGCGUCGGAUCCAGAAAGUCACGCACGAGAUGGACAUGUGCUACGGGAAGAUGGGCAGCCUCUUCCGCUGCGGCUCGCGCCAGACGCUCUUCGCCAGCCAGCUGAUGCGCUACGCAGACCUCUACGCCGCCUCCUUCAUCAACUUCCUCUAUUACCCCUUCAGUUACCUCUUCCGGGCCCCCCCGGUCCUGAUGGCUCACGAGUCCACGGUGGAGCACGGCCGUGGGGACGGGGGGGAGGCUGGCACUGCCCUGGCACCGUGGCUGGCCCGGCACGGCCACCCCAGCCCGCAGCUUCGUGCUGCACUGGGGCCACACGUUUGGUCUGCCCAAGGUGGAGCAAAGCCCAGGACACUCAAUACUGCACUUUCUGGAAACCUCUCCAGCGAUGUUUUCCAGUUGAACACAGCAAAUGGUGCUGGGAGAGCACCGAAGCAGCUGGAAGCAGGGAUACUCCCCUCCAUAUGCUGCAGUAGUUCUGCUGCCCUGCAUGGUGGCUCCUUGGAGGGGCUUGGGGCAGGAGCAACUCCACCCUGGUGCUGGGGCUUCCAGCUCUUGCAGCCAGUUUGCCCUUUCUUUCCACAUUCCAUAGCCUGCUCUGACAGGUCUGCAAGCACAGACUGCUCCCAGACGAGCUGCAGGCUUACUCACGUAGUCUCUGCUGAGACAGGUUGACCUUGGGAGAAGGAAAGCUGCAUCAACAUGUUAGAUAAGCUACAAGAACAGGCUCCUUAUUUGUUGGGGGAGGUUUUGCUGAUUCUGUUCCUGCCGUAUGAAUUGAGGUUCUGGACCUGGUUAUAGCUGAUGCUACUGAGAAGGAAAAAUCUCACUUCUGAUAUGGAUGUAAAGGACCUGAGGGUCUGAUCCUGGGUCCCCUGGGGAAAGGGAAUGAAACAUUUUGAUGCUGGGUCAUGUGCAAGGUCCGAGCAGCCCCACAGAACCCCAGGAUGUCCCCUGCAGCAUCCCUCUUUCUGGGAAAACAGCUCAAAGCAGGCUCCCCAAACAGGGCUAGCACAGUGCUGGCUGCUGGGCACAGCUUGAGGGUCCCCCCGGCUGCUGUCCCAGGCAGCACUCACUGGUGUUGGGGCAGCUCCGUGUGGAUGCAGGCAGAGGGUUCGUGUCCCCACCGGUGCAGGAGGCUUUGUCUUGCUGAAAGGUUAAGGAGUGGAAUGAAGGAGCCCGUGGCCCCGUGGCUUGAUGCAAUGCCCCACUGCCUGUUUUCACAGGGGGUGAGUUGGCACUAAAGCUCUGGCUGUUCUCUCACAGCCCUUCUCCUUCUG